AUGUCAUCUGCUAUGGAAAGUAUCCUUUUUUUUAAAAAAAUUUAUAAUUGUACAAAUGCAUUUUUUCAACGUAUAGAAAAUUUGUUUAAUCUUAAAUUUGCAUCGAAAGAAUUAGAACGAAGUGCGAAAAGAUGCGAAAAAGAAGAAAAAAUUGAAAAAGCCAAAACUAAAAAGGCUAUUCAAAAAGGUAACAUGGAAGGAGCUAGAAUUCAUGCUGAAAAUGCAAUCAGACAAAAAAAUCAAGGAUUAAAUUAUCUGAGAAUGAGUGCCAGAGUAGAUGCUGUGGCAAGUAGAGUUCAAACAGCACUUACUACUAGAAGGGUAACUCAAUCUAUGGCAGGAGUAUGCAAAGCCAUGGAUCAAGCCAUGAAGUCAAUGAAUUUAGAAAAAAUAUCUUCAUUAAUGGACAAAUUUGAAACACAAUUUGAAGAUCUUGAUGUUCAAAGUUCGGUUAUGGAAAAUGCUAUGAGUCAAACCACGACUACCACAGUACCACAGAAUGAGGUGGAAAAUCUAAUGCAACAAGUUGCCGAUGAAGCAGGGUUGGAAUUAAAUAUGGAAUUACCAACCGGACCUCAAGGAUCUGUUGGCCAAUCAACUAAAGCAUCUACAGAGCAAGAUGAGUUAACACAACGUUUAGCUAGAUUGAGGCAAUAA